CCUUGCUCGCUCCACCAGACCACCAGACUGAGCCAAAUAACGUCCGUCCCUGCGUCUCCCCCCGAAACGGCAUUCUAUCCGAAUCAUAUUCCUCGGCAACUAUGGCAGAACCUAGCGAGGCUUCGUCUGAGCCCGAGGCCAUCACCAUUAGUAUAUUCCACCAUGGGGAACAAGCCGAUUUCGACAUGGACCCCGCUGCAACGAUCGCCAACCUCGCCGACGAGAUCCAGGCUGUCUAUUCUAUCCCCGUCACCAACCAGAAGCUCAUAGUCGCGAAGCUUGGUCUACUCAAGGCCCCUUUCGGUGACCGCCCCGUUGCCGACCUCCAGAACAAGAAGAUCACUCUGGUCGGCGCCUCCAGCGAGGAGGUCGUCUCCCUAAACUCGGCCUCGCAGCAAGCUGCCUCGCGACAAGAGCGCCGCGCCACCGCAAGGAGUGGUCACCUCAAAGCAGCCGGCCCCCGUAAAAUGAGACGCGCGCAACAGGAGAGCACGUACACCUUUAUGGAGCUGCGGCCGCUUCCGAACUUGCCGAACCCGCAGCGCUCACUCGAGUUCCUCAAGCGGCUCAAGGAGGACCCAGGCAUCCGUGCAGCGAUGCUCAAGCACAAGUUUAGCGUCGGACUGCUGACCGAGAUGGACCCGCUCGCGUACACGGAGGCUUCGCACGAGGGCACGACGCGCACCCUCGGCUUGAACCGCAACCGGGGCCAGAUCAUUGAGCUGCGCCUACGCACAGACGCCUACGACGGCUACCGCGACUACAAGAUCAUCCGCAAGACCCUGUGCCACGAGCUCACCCACAACGUCCACGGUGACCACGACCGCAACUUUUGGGACCUGUGCCACCAGAUCGAGCGCGAGGUCGCCGCCGCUGACUGGAAGAGCGGCGGCAGGAGCGUCGGCGAUGCCGAGUUCUACGAGCCCGAGCAGAGCGACGAGGUCGCCUACGACCACGGCGGCUGGACCGGUGGCGAGUUUGUGCUCGGCAGCGGCAGCGGUACCAACAGCAGGCCGUCGGCCGGUACUAGCGCCGCUGGCGACGAUGCACUAACUAGACGAGAGGUCCUAGCGCGAGCGGCCGAGGAGCGCAUCAGGAAAACGAAACAGUCCAAGUCCGACGAGGAGACUACAGGCUCGGGAGGCAAGUAAAGACGCAUUGGGCUCGAGGAUACGACAGACACGAUCAGCAUGAUA